AUGGAAACCAGUGUGCGCGUGUGUAUGAGAGAGAGAGGAGCCUCUUUACGAUCACAAUCCGCGGCCCGUAGUCUUAUCGUCCGCACGAUGGCUCGCGUACCACCACUGUCAUGUCUCAUCGUACUGCCAUUGAUCACGCUUUACGCGACAUAUCACGUAAAUGCAACUAUUUUUGUACCUGAAGAAAUCCCAUCGUUGUUGUCUGUAGUUUACAGUAACAUGCCACCGAUCAAGAAAGGUACCGACUCGAAAUUGGGCGUGGGUUUUCGGCUGGGUCCGAAUGCAGACGUGCAGUUCCAGUUGGAACUUGGGCCGCAAACCAACACGUUACCCAUCGGUGGCAGUGCAGGGGCGAACACCGGCUCCGCACCCGCAGUGGCGAAUAAGAGACACGCGACCGUCGGACAGGGCAGUGGCUCAAGUGGCGGCAAGCCAAAGGACUGGCUGAACGCGUGGCGGCUGCAAAUGAGCCCUGGGUACGUGGCGGACGAUGAAAGCAAUAACGUUGUCUCCGGUGAAGUGAUGGGUAGCAGUGGCGACGGGUCCUUGGACGCGGUGGCGCACCUAAGACAGCUAUAUAAACCACAACCGAUUACCGCAUAG